CAUGGAGUUGGGGUGUAGAGAGGACCUGGGCAGGGCCCAAACAGGCGGCCGACCAGUGUUGCCCUUCCAGGAGGGAGCAGAAAGCCGGUCUGAAAUCUCGGAGAUGGAGGCAGCCAAGGAGAGGGCGCUGAUAUGGGAACACUAGACCCAAGAGGGCACCUCACAGAACAGAGUGAGAAGACACUGAAGCCAACAGUAGCCGCCAGGACCAGCCAGCUGCUGGCCAGGGCAGCACAGGUCCCUGUGGCCCCAGGGCAGAAUGCUGGCAGAGCCGGGUCCUGGGGCCUGACCCAAAGAUGAAGAAAGGGCCAUUCUGGCUAAGGCUGUGUACUCUUGCAAACCUCACCCCACACAUUUUAUGACCCUCAUAGUGACCUAUCCUGGGCGACAGGCAGAAACUGCCAUGCCUAGCAACACUUGGUCCACUGUCGCUCUAUCCUGUGCGUUGCUGGUGCCCACACAGGCCCUGCACCUGACACUGGCCCUGCUGCAGCUCUCGGGCCCUGGGGAGGCAGCAGCCACCUUUGGGGCUUUGAGACAGGCCUUGGGUCCCAGAGCUUCAAGCAGCCCCCAGCUGAGGUUCAGGGGCCAGGUACUCCUGGGCGGCCAUGUGCUUUGUGCCCCACCCUCUCCCACACUGGAAAGCAUGGCACAAGUGCUGAGCCAGAGGCUGGAGACCAAGGGGCUAAGUGUGCUACAGUCCCCAGGGAGGCACCACCUCACACUGGCCAAGGCCCAUGGUUCCCAAGUCUACUUCCCCAAGCCUGGGUUAAGCCUGAGUCAGGAAGUGGGGAGCCAGCCCCUAAGGAGAACCUGGCUGUGCCCUAUGGGGAGGACAGGAAGUACCUACAGGCUGCUGGCUGAGAUUCCCCUGGAGUAG